AUGGCUGAAACUGUAGAAGCAGCAUUUAUCUGUGAACGUUGUAAUACUCAGAUAGAUCUUCAAGAUCGGGUAAAGCAUUCGAGAAGAUGCUCAAAUGCAGGAAAAAAGCUAAUUCGACGAAAAGAAAAAGUAAUUGUGAAUAAUGAAUUAGACAAUGAAAAGAUUCCGUGUGAAUUCUGUAAUGAUCGAAUUAGUUUGGAUCAUUGGAGUUCUCACUCGGCAACAUGUGCUGAUUUGCACAGACGCCGAAUAGAAAAUUUAAGAAAUGGUAUCGACAACGAGCCCAUUGAUGUGUUGAUUCCUUGUGAAUAUUGCGAUGAACAAGUUCAUGCAAAUACUAUAGAAUCACAUACAAAACGAUGUGCUGAUAAAUAUCGACGUCGUCGGGAAGAAGCACACAAUGAUAAUAUAGACUUAAUUCCAUGUGAAUACUGUCAUGUUCCAAUUAGUACUUUGGAAUUAGAGUGGCAUACGGCGGAAUGUAUUGAAGCUGAACAGCGAAGAAUGAAUGAUUUAACCAUGUAUCCAGAGAUUGAUCCUUCUAAUCAGCGUAUUCCAUGCCAGUUUUGUGAUCAAUGUUUUCCUGUAGAACACAUCGAAACACAUCAAAAACGAUGUCGAUAUGAACAGAGAUCAUCUAAUUUUGAACAGAAUAUUCUGCACGAUCAAGCAUUUGGAGACAUGUUUUCUUUGCCACAACAUUGGGACCCUUCAUCACUGAAUAAUCUAAGUCGUCAUCUUCUUGAGCCUGAAACAGAAGAAUACAAAUUUAUCGCAAACAAAUUCCACAGCACCUUACCAUCGAAUCGUAUUGUUCAAAUUGAACGAAUUCAAAAUCGUCGUUGGUACCGCCAAUAUGAUGCUCAUAGAGAAGAUUUUAUCGAAAGAUAUGGUAACAGCACAGAACAAUGGUUAUUUCAUGGAUGUCGUCAAUCAGAAUCGGCUGAAGCAAUUAUUCAUGAUUGUUUUAAUCGUAGUCAUGCUGUAAAUUGUGCGGUUGGCCAAGGCAUCUACUUUGCUACACAGGCUCUAAUAAGUCACGGCUAUACUCAACCUGAUGCACAUAAACUCAGACACAUGUUCAUGGCUCGUGUAUUAGUAGGGAAAACAACUACAGGAAAUCCAUCGACACGUAUUUGUCCUCGUGGUUAUGAUACAACAGGUGGAAAUAAUGUUUUUGUGACUUAUCAUGAUGCUCAAGCUUAUGGAGAAUAUUUGAUAGUCUACAAAUGA